AUGGGUAAAUAUCGGCCUAGGUUCAACGAGCGUGCUCGGGCGGGGACUGUGUCGAAGCAGAAGAAGCUCAAAGCUCUGAGGCAGCCUAGAUCAGUCAGACGGCCGGAGGAUGCUGAUCAAGAAGACGAGAUCCAGCAGCAGCAGCAAGCUCAGCCGGAGCCUGCAGUUAUUUUAAAAGACACUAGCAAUGGCGUUGAUCCGAACGUGGACAUUCUUGUUCCGAUUACGGAGGAAGAACGGGCAGCGAAGAGAAAAGAGCUUGAAGAACUUUUCAAACCGCCCGAGUCGAAGAUGUCAAAGCAGAAGCAGAAACGGCUCGAUAAAUACAUAGAGCGGCAACUGAAGCGGGAAGAGCGCAAGAUCUUGAUGGAGAAACUAGCGCAUUCAAAGAUCGACACGUCGCUUUUGCAUAGUUUGAAGAAGCUGGGCACGAAUAAUAAUACGAAGCGUGAACAGCUUAGGGAUGCGCUGUUGAAUGAGCAUCUGGGUAUCUUGGACGAGCAGCAAAAGAAGUUGCUAUAUGAAGAACGGCAGAUUGAAACCGAGAAGGCUCCAGAGCCUGAACCUCCCACUGUUUUCAACGGCGAUCAUCAGUCUUUAGAUCAGUCUGCUGCACCCACACCUGCGCCCUCGACUACAACAUCUGAAUUCAAACCUACAUUCCAAUUCGGAGGUGCUGGAUUCGGCUUUGGAACCCUUCAGAAAAAGCCAAAGCCCGAGAUUCAACCACUGAAGCGCAGUCAAAAGAAGGUUCCCUAUACUUGGCGUGCGCGCUUGGAGCAGGAGAAGUUGCGGAAAGCAAAGGUUGCGGCCGAUGAUGAGGAGGAUUAUAGUUCGAGCGAGGAGGAGUCGCAGAGUGAAGAUGGCGAGGAUGAGGAUGACGAGUCUGUAAGUGGAGAGUCUGAGUCUGAGUCUGGGUCUGGGUCUGAAGAGUGGAGUGAUGGGGAGGAGUGGACUGGUUUUGGAGAUGAGUCAACAAAUGGAUCAGAGCUCAACGGUGCCGAAGAAAAAAAUGAGGACGAAGAGGAAGAUGGUGAUGAAGAAAGUGAUGGAGAAGAUGAAGAAGAUGAAGAAGAAGAAAGCGACGAGAACGACGACAGUGAUACCCCGCGCGUCUCUCGUGGCGCGAGCUUCAAAAAAUGGGCUGAAGAUCAGCUCCGAGGCGGCACGACCGAGAGCCUGUCAAACAUCAACACGAUGCCGCGCGUCGAAGUCCACUACGAACCAGUCGACCGUCCCGAAGACCGCGCGACCCCACCGCCCGACAUCGUCACGAUCGAGAACGCGGACCAGCGGAAGUCGUACUUUGUGCAGGUUAAGCGGAAGACGGAGAUCCAGGCUGCGCGGAUUCAGUUGCCGGUCGUGCAGGAUGAGCAGCGGAUUAUGGAGGCGAUUCAUAAUAACCUAUGCGUUAUCAUCUGCGGUGAGACUGGUAGUGGUAAGACUACACAGGUGCCGCAGUUUCUCUUCGAGGCAGGCUAUGGCGAUCCGAGUAGCGACAAUCCCGGAAUGAUUGGAAUCACUCAACCCCGUCGUGUCGCGGCCGUCAGUAUGGCGCAGCGAGUGAGUGAGGAGCUUGGUGCUUUACACAAGGACAAGGUUGCCUACCAGAUUCGAUUCGAGCAGAAUACAAGGCCUGGGACGGCUAUGAAGUUCAUGACGGACGGUGUCUUGCUACGCGAGUUGGCGACCGAUUUCACGCUGAGCAGGUACUCUGCGAUCGUGAUUGACGAAGCGCACGAGAGAAACGUGAAUACAGAUAUCUUGAUUGGCGUGCUGAGUCGAGUGCUGAAGCUGCGGUACGAUAUGAGCAAGGAAACUGGGUCGAAGGUUACCCCUUUGAAGCUCAUUAUCAUGUCUGCCACUUUGCGCGUGACUGACUUUUCGAUGAAUUCGACCUUGUUCAACGCGCCUCCGCCUGUUCUGAACGUUGACGCGAGACAGUAUCCGGUAUCGAAACAUUUCAACCGUCGAACGCCGACAAACUACCUCGACGAAGCGUACAACAAGAUCAAGAAGAUUCAUCAGCGGUUGCCACCUGGCGGAAUCCUGGUGUUUAUGACUGGUCAGAGUGAGAUUACGCAUCUGUGUAAGCGGUUGCGGACCGCGUUUCCAAAGCAGGGGCGUAAUCGCGCGGCCAAUGAGGAAGUUGAUCUAAUAUGUGAUGUAGCUGAGGUUGAGGUUGAAGAUGUUGAUCUGGGCGACGAUAUAAUCCAGGACGCGUUCGACAUUGACAACCUAAGCGAUGACGAGGACGAAAACGAGAUCGAAGAAGGCUUCGAAGAGCAGACUGAGGAGAUCAACACCGGUCCUCUUCAUGUUCUCCCUCUCUACUCCCUUCUGCCUACCGCUCAGCAGAUGAAGAUCUUUGAGAGUCCGCCUGAAGGCUCGAGACUCUGUGUUGUGGCUACGAAUAUUGCAGAGACUAGUUUGACUAUUCCCGGUAUACGCUAUGUCGUGGACUGCGGACGUGUCAAAGAGCGGCACUAUGACGAAGAAACCGGCGUCCAGAGAUUCGACGUGGGAUGGAUCAGUAAAGCUAGUGCCGAUCAGCGAUCCGGUCGUGCGGGACGUACCGGGCCGGGUCAUUCUUAUAGACUGUACUCGUCCGCUGUGUUUGAGAGUGAGUUCCCGCAGUUUACAACGGCAGAGAUUCUCCGCAUGCCGAUCGAAGGUGUUGUUCUGCAAAUGAAGAGCAUGGGGAUUGACACGAUCGCAAACUUCCCGUUCCCAACCCCGCCGGAUCGAAACAGUCUUGUGCUUGCGGAGCGACUGCUGCAUUACCUGGGUGCGAUCGACAAGAACGGUGCGUUGACGGACCUCGGACGAACGAUGAGCGUGUUCCCGCUUGCGCCGCGGUUUGCAAAGAUGGUGGUUAUCGGACAACAGUUUGAAUGUCUGCAGUACGUUAUCGCGAUCGUCGCGACGUUGAGUGUCGGAGAUCCAUUCUUGUCCGAGCAUGAACUCGGGAUCGAGAGCGAGCUGCUUGAUAACGCUGACGACGAGAACGAGGACGAUGAGGAAGACGACGACGACCUCAGAAAGAUGAAUCAGGGAGAUAUCGAAAGCAAUCGACGUCGUCGGAAGGAGUUUUACGUCGUGCAGCGCAAGUUUUCGGGAUUGGAUCCGACCUGCGACGUCUUGAAAAUGCUCUCUGUCGUGUGCGCGUACGAGUUUGCAGACGACGCCGCCGAGUUUUGCUACAAGAACUUUCUACGGCAAAAGUCGAUGGAAGAAAUCCACAAGCUGCGGCAACAACUCACGCACAUUGUCGCAAUCAACACGCCCAAGCUCGCGACCCUCAGGUUUGACACCAAGCUCGGACUUCCCUCCAGCGUGCAGGUCAAGGCGCUCAAGCAGAUGGUCACUGCGGGGUUUAUCGACCAGGUCGUCGUGCGCGAGGAUUUAGUCGCGGGCUUUGACGCGUCCAAGAGCACGAGUCGCGCGAUCCAAGGCGGUCGGAAACGGGUUAAAAUUACAGAUAUUCCGUACGUGCGUCUGAACCCUUACACGUUCAUAAAGGACAGCAGAUUUCUCAGCGGCCGCGGGGGUGUCGAUAAGUCGUGUAUCCGCGAGCCUGAACGGCCGGUGUACGUCCACCCGUCCUCGAUCUUGCUGUCGGCGGACGAGAUGGCGGGGGUGACGGAGAUGCCGCCGUUUUUGGUGUAUAACGUGAUUCAGCAGAGCGCGGCGCGGAACGUGGGGGAUGAUGAGAGUAGGCUGAGGAUUAGGAUUAAGCCGCUGACGUCGAUUACUGCGAAGCAGUUGGCUAAUCUUGCAAAGACGGUUUGA